CAGACAGACACUGCUAUAUGUGGCGCAUGCAGAUAGAGAUGUGUGUCUGUGUGGUUAGAGCUGCUUCCGCAUGUCCGCCCGGAGACCCUCGGGGAUCACCGAACAGUCAGGGUCACACCCUGCGCACACAGACACAGACACAUACACACAUCCCUCUCUCUCUCUCUCUCUCUCUGUGUGUGUGUGUGUGUGUGUGUGUGCGCGUGUGUGUGUCUCACUCACUGUCGAGUGCCGGGAGAAGGUCAUCCUCUACGAUGCUGGGCAGCUUUGGUGCGUCCACCUUGAUCUCAUCGAAGCUCUCCACAAACGUGACGCGCACACUGUGACAUACCACAUACACACAUACACACACACACACACACACAAUCCACACACGACACAGGCCAUAAGGGUCCAUCCAUCCACCAGUCGCCCAUCCAUCGCACGUACCUAUUCUGCAGUGUCUCUGCGUCGAUGGCCUUGCCCUUUGCGCACUCGACGAGCGCCUGGAAGCACAGCGGCCGGGCAUCCACCUGGUUCUGCCGAAUCUCGUCAAUGAUGGCGUACAGCACCUCACACAACACCUCCUGUCCAGGACACACACACACACAGCACCAUGGUGUGUAGGGGUGUGUGUGUGUGUGUGUUUGGGAGAACACACCUCCUGUUGGUCCGAGGGGAUCAGCAGUUCCUCGAAGGCCAGCACGCAUUCCGACACGGUGUGUGUGGCGCACAGGUCCAUCAUGGCCUCCUUCGCCCGACGCUUCCGCCGAGCAGCCACCUCCUGCGCACACACACACACACACACACAGAGAGAGACAGAACACAAUACACCUACCCCUAUCGCCCGCUGGUCGCCACUGGUCACCUCUGGAUCGAGUGUGUGGGCUCCAGAUGGUGUCGUCAGCGAUGGGUGCUGGUGUUGGUGUCCCUCCGUCACGGGCACGAUGCUCAUGUGUUUGGGCGAGCUGUCGGGGCUGACGCCGGGCGAGGGGCCAGGCGAUGAGCGGACGCCCAGUGAAGAGCCCACAGACACCGCCGAUAUGCCGCGCUGGCCGAUCCAUCCAUCCAUCCAUCCAUCGGACAAGGAAGAGAAGGAGGGAGAGAGAGAGAGAGAGAGAGAGAAACAAGACACAUGAGCCCUCUGUAUGUCUGUCUGUCUGUCUGAGUCGGUCAUCCCAUCCAUCCAGCCAUCUAUCUAUCUCAUCUGCCCUGCCCACCUCUAGAGUGCUGGUAUGUGGAGAGGGCGUCUCGCUGUUCUCCUCCCCCCUGUCCCUCUCCGGCUGCCUGUUCCGCCGGUCCCGCUCCCUCUCUCGGUCACGCCGCCUCUCCCUCUUCUCAGGACCCAUGGUAAUGACACGCCGGGAGGUCACCACACCGCCGCCCCCGACACCGCCCGACGACCCCUGUCGGCCAGCAGAGGCGCUGGGGCCCAGAGGUGGCAGGGGGGAGGUGACGGAGCGGCUCAGCGAGGUCAGGGAAGUGUCGUCCCGCCCAGCUCGGACGGCCGGGGGCCUGCCUUUGUGGGCGACGGUCUGCCACUCGCUGCCGUCGUUGGUGGUGGUGGUGGUGUUGUUGGGCGACUCGGAGGGGCUGGGGGGUGGCGCUGAUGCGUCAGAAGGAUUGCCACGGAGGUCCUGAAGUGUGUGUGCAGAGACAGCACAGAGCCAGGGCCAGAGGGAGAGAGGGGCGAUUGGGAUGGGAUGGGGCAGUAGUAGGGCUGGGGGGCGUGGGUGAGUGGAUGGGUGGGUGGGUGAUUGGGUGGUCGUACGGUGUUUGUCUUGCUGAGUUUGAUUUGUCCCUUCUCGGAAGCGAAUUUCUUGUAGACGUCUGAGAUCUUCUCGGGCCCCUGCUGCUUGUUGGGCUUCUGGUCCUCCCAUGAGGACGACCGAAGAUCCAACACAUCCUACCGACAGACAGACACACAGACACAAAGACACCCACACCCACACAGACAGACAGACAGAUGAGUGAGUGAGUGAAUGGGACAAAGCAGCUUGCUUGGCGUGUGUGUGUGUGUGGUGAGGGUACCUUACCUUCAUGAGGCACUUGAUUCUGACGCUAGUGGAAUCGUCGCUGGCCUUCUUGUCCAGCUUCUUGAACACGUCAUCGAAGUCGCGGUACUUGGCCCACUGAACCAUCCAUCCAUCCAUCUGUCUGUCUGUCUGUCUGUCCGUGUGUGUGUGUGUGUGUCUGUGUGUGUGUCAGCACAGCGAGCGCACCUGCUGGGUGUCGAAGGACGGCCCCACCACCUUGAGGAACGCGCAGAGGGUCUCCUGCACACACCACACCACACGACACAAUGUAUCCAUCACACAUGGCCACACCCAGGUAUGUGUGUGUGCGUACGAGCUGCGCGUCUCCGCCGGCCUGCCACAGCUCGUCCACAAUCGUGAAGAUGAUCUUGGCCGGACACAGCCGCAACACCAGCAGGUUGCCUACACACACACACACAAUCCAAUCCAAUCCAAUCCAAUCCCAUCCCACGCGACAAGGCCUGGCCUCUGAUGCUGAUGCGAUGCGUGUGUGUGUGUCGUCGGAUGACUGACUGACUGACGUACCGACGAACUUCAUGUUUCCGAGCAUUUUGUUCUUGUACUUGAAGUAGGCCUCCAUGUACUCGUCGCCAGUGAGGUCCUUGAGGCCCUCGGGCUCCUUCAGAUACUCGUCGAACGACUCCUGGCAACGCGUCAGCAACAGCCUGCCAGGGCCAACGACAACACAAUCCAAUACAAUACAAUACAAUACAUGUGUGUGGGUGUGGGUGUGUGUGUGGGUCGCUGUUUGUCUGUGUGCCUUUUGAAAUGUCCGUCUCCCUUUUCGCCGAUGCCGAGUUUGGACGAGAGGUCCUCGUUGAGCUUCUUGCACAGGUCGGAAUACAUCUACACACACAACAACACAACACAACACAACACACACACAUACGCGGCCUUGCCCGUGUGGUGUAGUGUGGUGUGUCCCUCUGUCUGUCCUGUCCGUCUCACCCCGAUGAAGUGGUGCUGCGUGGUGGCCUUCUCGAACACCAUCCGCAUUAGGCCCUCCACCUGCACACACACACAGACACACACACACACACACACAGAGAGAGAGAGAGGGAGAGAGAUUGGUGUGUGUGUGUGUGUGUCAAGUGUCGGGCACAACAAAUCUACCUCUUCGAGUGCGGUGAUGCCGGCGGUGAGCAUCUGUUGGUAGAGGCGCUCGAACUUCUCGAUGGUGAGCUUGUUGAGCAGACCCUUCAGCACACGCAUCACCUGCUCAGACUUGGACCUGCUCACACACACACACACACACACACAUGGGAUGGGGCACCAUAGAGCAGGGCAGGGCAGGGGGGACUGUGUGCGAGCUGAGCUGGUGGGUGUGAGUGCGUUGAUGCGGUGCGCACCCUUCCUCCUUGGCUUUCCUCUGCUUGAUGAUCCAGGAGUCCUCACUCGGCUUCGCCUCGGGCGGCGGGGAUGCAUCUGAAGGACGACAGACAGACAGACCCAGGCAGGAUGCACACAAUGAAAGGACACCCAUCCAUCCUUGUCUGUGCCCCGCACGCACCUCUGAGGUUCGACCAGCGGUCACGCGCAUCACGCCCACGACCGCCACGCUGCGGGGACACACACACACACACACACAGAGAGAGAGAGAGAGAGACUGACUGACUGACGAUCCAUCCAUCCUUUACACGUGGCUCGCCCGACUCACUCACCUCGGUGUCCCUCUGGCCUCUGACGCUCUCCCUCUCCCGCUCUCUCUCCUUAUCCCUCUCUCUGUCCCUCUCUCUAUCCCUCUCGCGGUCGCGGUCCAUCCGAUCGCGAUCCCACAUGGCGUUCUCACGCUAAACAAAGACAUAAAUGAAUGCACCAGCCAGCCAGCCAGCCAGCCAGCCAGGGACAGACAGAGGGAAUCAACCACGCACAAGAUAACACACAAGACGUGGGGCAGGUGAGUCCUUUCUGACUGUCUCGGUCACUUUACUGACGUCGUCUCUAUUCCUGCCGCCGCCGAAGCGUCCGAUGUCCAUCUUGCCGAACCCCCCGCCGCCCCCGCCCCCCGGGCGCAGCGAGCGCUUCGUGGGCUGCCGGUCGUCGGGCUGCUCCUCUACUGCGGGGGCUGAGAACACAUGGAUGGAUGGAUGGAUGGAGGGAGGGAGGGAGGGAGGGAGGGAUGGGACACACACGUGGGUGUGGAGUGGUGGGUGUGCGUAUGUGUGUGUGUGAUGUGUGUUUGUCGUUUGCGGACCGUUCUUGAUUGAGCAGUACUUGGCAAUGACAUCGGUGAAUUGGGGCGAAACCUGACACUCAGCCUGCACACAGACACACACACAGACAGACACACAGACAGACACACAGACAGACACACAGACAGGCAGGCAGACAGGCAACAUGAUGCACGCGGACGGACAUACGACGCGAGGCACGCACCUUGUUCCUGAGUGACAUCAUGAAGUCGAUGGAGUAGGUGAGAACCGACGGCUCAGCGGCCUUCUUGGCGGCAACCGCCGCGGGGGCCACCGCGGCAGGCGAGCUGGAGCUGCUGAACACGCACACAACGACACACAUGAUGAAUUGAUUAGGUAGGUGAUCGAGCGCAUGCCUUCAUUCUUCCGCCACACCGACCCACCCACCCACCUCUCUGUGUGUUCUGGUGGAGGUGCAGAUGCAGGCUGCUCAUUGCUCUCCUCCUCUGCAGCAGCAGCCACCACCAUGCCGGUCUCCCUCUCCCCUCUCUCCUCGUGAAGCCCCAGCUCACCACCUUUACUCUCCUCCUCGUCCCCCUCCCCCUCCACACUCUUCAGACUGCCCUCGGCCGCCACCGGCUCAUGGUCAAAGGUCUGCAGGCCGAGGUCCUCGGGCACCUUCUCGUACUCAGCCUCUUCCAGGAUGGUGUCCACCGCCGCACUCACGCCGGAGGGCAGCACCGGCAGCACGGCCUGCGACACGGGCGACUUGCCCACCUUGUGCCACGAUUCGGACGGAGAGGGCGUCUCCCCCGCCGCCUUGAUGCUGCCGCCGUCUGUGUCGACUGCUAUGGGUGGUCCCGACGCCGACGCGGCCGGGGCGGGCUCCGGCGACUCGGUAUCAUCUCCUUGGCUGAGCUUGUCGUCGAGGGCAUCCUCACCAGCUGGCGCUGGGGCCUCCGGCUGAUCUGCCUGCUUGUCGGGUGUCUUCUGGUCCUCCGCCGCCUGGAUGCCUGGCUGUCGAUCAGUCGACGGAGUCUCCUUCUCAACGACGGCGGGCUUGGCAUCCUCCUCCUCCUCCACGCCGACCGCCUCCUUUGGCGUAGCCUCCUUUUUUUCAGUGGGGGAUUGUGGUGCGUCAAGCGGCUUGUUCCGCUCCUUCUCCUGGUCGCUCUCCUUCCCCUCCUCGGCAAAGUCAGAAUCGCCGACAGCGUCGGCAACUGGCUCGCCCACAGGCUUCGCGGCCCCACCGGGAAGUGUGGCUGCAGCCUCACCACCACCACCACCAGUACUCUCUGUCUCCUCCUCUCUCUCGUCCGCCGCCUCCUUGGCCGCAGAAUGCGGCUCUGCAAUAGCAGCGGCAGCAGCAGGGCCCGUUGCUGGUGGCGUCACGAGGGGCUUCUUGCCGCUCUGCGGGGACGUCCUCUGCUGGCCCGAAGCGGCAGCCGCGGCAGCAGCGUCAGCCGCUGCCUUUUGCUGCGUCAAGACCUCAGCGAAGGUCUGUCUUUUGCCGGCAGACACGCUCGCCGCAGCGCCCCCGCCCCACACGCUCCCCGCUGGGACGCGCGGAGCCGGCACAUGCUCGUCCACCACUGGUGGUGGUGAGGGCGAGGGCACCGCAGGGUCGACGGGAGCUGGUGUCUGCUGGGGCUGGGGGACGACGGGCGCCUUCUGUGGUGCGGGUACCGGUGUAGGUGUAGGUGUGACGGCAGCAGGCUUCUUCGCAGCAGCUGUUUCCUUUGCCGCUGCCUCCUUGUCGUUCGCCGCCUCAGCAGCCGGCUCCUUCGGCACAGUUUCCUCUUUCUCCUGUGCCUUUUUGUCCUCGGCCGUGUCCUUGUCCUUGCCUUGCCCCUCCUCGGGCACCGUCUUGUGUGCAGUGGCUGCGGUGGCGACGGCCGCCACAGCCGUCGUCGACUGGCCGCCGAUGGCAUUAGUGGCCGGGGUGAGAGUGGGCGGCGUCAGAGAUGGCGUGGUCGACGUGGUGGUGGUGGUGGCCGUGCGGCUGCUGGUGGAGGGAGCCACUGGGUGUGGCUGUGUGGAACUAACGAGCGGCCGUGAAGCAGAUGAGGGCGAGGCCUCUGCACUGGAGGAGGGCGAGCUUUUGCUGGUCUGCGCGACGACGACUGCGGCGGGCAGCCUCGGGGCAGCAGCACCAGCUGGGGGCUUGGACGGCACCACUAAAGGGAAGGAGGGAGGGAGGGAGGGACAGACAAACACACACACACAGCGCACAGCACAGACAGGAGUGGUGUUUGGCUGGCUGGCUGGCUGCACACAGGCUGCUUGCUGUUCUUUCACUCACUUUGUUUGACGGGUUUGGUGGCUGGCGAGGCCUUCUUGGGCGCAUCUGCACCUGCACACAGACCCAGACACACAGACACACAGACAGACAGACAGACAGGGAGAAAAACACAAUGAAUGCACUUCGGUGUCAGUCAGUCAUGUCACAUCGACAGCGUGGGUGCAUUGCAUCCAUGACAUCGUCACGACAACAUGGCAGCUCCGUCCGUACGUACGACCCCUUACACCACUCCCAACGAGCUCGCUAUCUACCGACCGGUGCAGUGAGGGCAAUACGGUGCGCGUGCGUGUAGGUGUGACGUACGUGACCCCUACUAGCGCUAUGGCCCCACCCCCUACUAAAAGAUCGUCUGCCUCCCUCCUCCGUCCCUCGUCCCUCCGUCCCUCCCUCCCUACCUCCUCCGCGUGUGUCAGCAGCAUGCUCUUGAGCAGCGGUCUUGGCCCCACGGAGGAAGAACGCUGCAAGAGGGUGGAUGGCAUGAAAUGACAUGAAAUGACAUGAGAUGACUGACGUGUGUGUGUGCGUGAUCAUGAUGGGUCGGUAGGUAUCAUGUCAUGUAGCAGCCAGCCAGACCAGGUACGUACGUACGUACUUCUGGUCUGUUAGUACUACGUAGCAGCAGCAUGUACAACGAAAGGAAAGGCUAGGCACCUACGCUGGCUGGCUGGCUGCUUGCCUGUCUGUCUGUCUGCCUAUGGGGCGUGUGUCUCGAGACACACCGCCCAACAUACUCUCGGCUAUGGCUGGCUGGCUGGCUGGCUGUGCGUGUGUGUGUGUCUUACGUGUCAUGGUUGACUUGAGCCUCUCCGCCCACGACAUGCUCUUCUUCUCCUCAGGCGCCGCUGGGGCGGGCGCUGGUGGUGGUGAUGCAGAUGCUGCCGUAGCUGGUGGCUCCUCCACUGCUGCUGGUGCUGGUGCUGGUGGUGCCUCUCGCUCGUGCCCCCCACCCGCAGCAUCAGCAGCCAGCUCCGGCACGGAUGAGCCGCGGAGAGAGACAUCAUCCUUCUUGGCCACCUCAGCUGCCGCCGGUGGUGCAGCGCCCUCACCGUCGCCGUCGGCCGCCGCCGUCUCACCCUCCUUCUCCUCCGUGAGUGCCUCCUCAUCUGGUGCGGGCAGCGCCUCUUGCGAGACAUCCUCACGCCCCUCUUUGGCCACGUCCUCUGCACGCUGCUCUUGAUCUCGAUCACCCUCUUCGUCUUUCUCUUGCCUCUUGGCGACAGCAGGGGCAACGUCAACCGCUACUGGCUGCCUUUCUUCCGGAGCUGGCAACUCGGGCGGCACCACUGGCUUGGGCUCGGCCGCAGUGGCCUCCUGGGCGGCUGGGGGCGUGGGAGUGAGUGACGGCGGCUCGACAGUAGCAGGGGCCUCCGCUUUCACGAUGGGCUUCUUCUCCUCCUCCUCCUCGUCUGCUGCUGGUGGGGCUGCUGGUGGGGCUGGUGGUGGUGGCGGGGACUCCUUGAGAGUGUCGUCAGCUGACGGUGGCUCCUCAGAUGUCUUGGGGAGGAGCCGUCGGGGGGCCUCAGACAUGACAGAGACCACCUCUACGUCCUCUACAGAGAUCACGGAUAGGUCCGCUGGACCUAUGAGCUGCACCCCAGCCACAGGAGUCGUCUUGGCCUCCUUAGGCUCCUCGACCUCCUUGACCUCCUUGACCUCCUUGACCUCCUUGACCUCCUUGACCUCUUUGACCUCUUUGACGUCCCUGACGUCGCUCCUUGACAGCGGCAUGAGCCGCCUGGUGGGUGAAGCGACGGGCAGCACAGCUCCCUCGAGCGUCAGGGGGGCCGCAGAUGCAGAUGCAGGUGCAGCUCUGGCGUGCACCUGCCCACCAUCGUCCCUGUCCGCCACGCCCUCUCCGUCGACACUCGGCCCCCCGUCGGUGCCGGUGGUGGUGCUCUUCUCCCUCUCCGUCUCGGCACCGUCCAGACAGGACGCCAGCGACGUUGCAGGCGUGCCGGUGCGGCCUGAGUCGUCCGAUGCACCCGAGGGCUUGGGGUGGGGCGCCCCCUGCUGCUGCUGCUGCUGCUGGUGGUGGGGGUGGUGGUUGGGGGGGAGAGGGGCAGUGGGUUGUGAUUGUGCGCUGGCGGUUGACGGAGGGGUGGGGCUGGGCCGCGGCAUGAUCUUCUUGGGCGUGGGGGGCGCCUGACCCGAUAUCGGCUGAUGGAGAAAAGGAGACACAACAGAGCCACGUGUGGUUGCAGGGAGGGAGGGACAUGUCGCCACACUCAGCUCACUCUCUCCUCUCACCUUGGGUAGUGUGGUAGACGGCGCUGCCCCUGCCCCUGCCGGGCCCUCCUUGACGACGCUGCCCUUCACCGUGUCGCUAUACGACUUGCCUGCAUCCAAUGAACAAACAUACAAAAACACACACACACAGCAAACACAAUCACAGUGUGUCGUCACGCAUGCCCAUGCAUGGCAACACACCGUCUUCUCUCUCCUCCCGUCCACGUACCAGUCGUCGGGCCCGUCUGGCCUGUGGCGUUGGUCUUGGGCGGUGGCGGUGGUGGUGGUGGCGGGGGAGGUGGUGGCGGCUGGCUGGGCGGGGUCAUCUGCUGCUGGGGCGAUGGAGAUGUCUUGGGGUGGCCGGCCACCGAUGGCGACGGGGUGCGCAGUGGCGGGCCCGCCGGGCUGGCCUGGUGGGACGACGGAUGCACGCCGGGGGCGCCACUGUUCUUGGGCGACGCACCGCUCAGGCCGCGACCACGACCGCCACGGCCUCCACGACCACCACCUGAUUGGUGGGCAAAUCGGAUCGGAUCACAAACAGCACAAACAGCAAGGGGCGUCUUCUGUCUGUCUGUCUGUCUGUAUGCGAGUGGCUAGCUGACUGCCUGGCAUACCUACCUCUGUAUUGUCCGUCGUGUGAUCUCCUCUGUGAAAAAUGGCCCGGCCCUCCUGGGUGUGCGCCUGGCCCUCCAACGGGACCCGAGUAGUGCCCGCUGGGGGUGGGGGUGUAGUGUGCACCCCCACCGCCACCGCCGCCGUGGUGUUGUGUGUGGGGGUGUGAAAAAUCCGACGACUGGCCGCUCUUGGUCGAGGGGGGAAGGUGAGACAUGGACGAUGAACCGCCGCCAUAUCGACCUGCCAUGGAUAUGACGGCCAGACCACACCACAGUCGAGUCGGUACUCUCUGUGUGCUCUUCUGAUAAGCCUGUGAGUGAAGUGGGUGAAUGUGCGUCUGUCUAGUCUACCGACCGACCUCUGUCAUGUGUGCCCAUUCCCAUCGGCCCUCCCGGCAUGCCGUGACGCAUGCCCCCAUAGCCGCCUCGCGCCCCCACCAUGCUGGCGGCGGCGUACGCCGCAUCCAAAUCGUAGGCAGACGAGCCUCUCAUCUGGUUAUACUGGAAGGGGUAGCCACCUCCCCCUCCCCCUCCCCCUGCCCCUCUCCCGCCACCUUGGCCAUAGCCCGAGUAGCGAGGAUGGUUGAUGCCCCGGCUGCUGCCCAUGGGAGGCGCAUGGGGCAUCGGCGAGGCCGCCGCUGGCGCGUGUGUGGGGUGGUGCAUCGGGUGCAUGCCGUUCAUGGCGGGCAUGUUCAUGUUGAUGUUCAUGCUCAUGUUCUGCAUGGCCGCGGCCGUCCAGUAGGGGUGGCCCGACGGGUACUGGGGGUGGGGGUACUGGCUGUGGGGGUACAUUCCCAUCUGACCCGUCGACGCAGGAGGGCCUUGAUAAGUCGCUGACACACACGAACGGACAGACAACACACGCGCAGGCACGGACAUCGAUUCAGUGCCGCUUCGGUCGAGAGUAAGUGUGCGUGUCCUUCUGGGCGUGGCGUACUGCUCGCCAUGCCGAGGCGCCCAGUUCGCGCCGAAAAAUCCGGGAUGAACUCGGAGGAAUUGGGAUCGAACUGCACAGACACACAGACAGACACAAACCAUCACAGAAACAGCGCCGCGCCUCGCUUAUUUGUGCGCCAUCCAGCCAUCCAUCCAUAUGUGAGUGCUGUGCAUCAUCAAUCGUGGUUCAUUGGCCCACCUGGAAGUUGCCGCUGUUCUGGCGGCUCUGUGGGUGGUGGCCCUCGCGCCCACCCUGCCCACCGCCCGUCAGCGACUUGACACCACACACACACACACACACACACGGGGGACACCGAAUGACAGCCGCGAUACUGAGAUCUGUGGCCCUUGGCUCACCUUGCUGCUGGGCACGUAUGGCUGCGGUCCACUCAUACUCACUCACUCGUUCAGACCACAAUCAACCAACCAACAGAUAAGGAACCAACGAUAACACCACACCACCCGCCAGCCAGCCAACACCACCAACCAACCAAACGAGGCGAUUCAACUCAGCAGUGAGCCAACCGGCGCAGGAACGCUGCUGUCCCGCUACUGCUGUCCAAAACUGGUGUCCUGCUGCUGGGGAUCUUCACAGAAAGCAGGCUCCCGGCGGUCCGCCUACCGCCAUCGAAACCAACAAGAUCUGGCGAUACUGCUUCUCUUGACGAGGGACGCCCGCCUCGAAGUGCCUCCC